AUGUCCGACCCUUUUGGCGACCCUUUUGGUGGUCCUGCUCCCGCUGCCGCCGACGAUGUUUUCGGGGGUUUCGUCCGGCGGCCGAGCAGCAGAGACCAACUGAUUGCGGAUGCAGUACGGUUGAUGGACAAGCCGCUCCGUUUCCGAGUAGAGAAGUGUAAAACCCAGGCUGGAAUUUUGAUGCAAGUCAUGCAGAAGGAUGACGAGGUGGGCAGCCGGCGGAUAAUGGUCAAAGCCGCGUACCCCGAAGUUGCAGCUGCAGUACAGAAAGAGCAGCGUUGGGUCAUGCAACUUCAAUGCGUGAAGCACAUUGUCAACCCCCUGAACACCACCAACGAUCCCAUGAACCCCGUGAUAGGCCCCCGGUGGAUGCAGCCUUACUUUUACAUGGAGUUCUUGGAAAAUGGCACUUUGAAACAGUUUCAACAACGAUUCACGAUUUCCGGGCGCACGCUGCCGGACGGGACGAGGGAGACACCCGUAAUGCCCAACAGACUUCUGUGGUCCAUAUUUCUGUGCUUGAUAAGAGCAUGCGUCGGAAUGGCUUGGCCUCCUCUCGGGCCCGUGUUGCAGCUAGAGUUUCCCCGUGAGGAGGAGCCCCUGAGACUUGCGCAUAGUGACAUGCAUCACGAUAAUUUGAUGUUUGGACCGCUCGAGCCCCAGUUCGAUGAGCACGCUCGCGUGCCAGUGAUGAAGCUGAUUGACUUUGGAGAGGCCAAGGAACGGCCGCCCGGCGACAGCGCU